AUGCCAAAGAUGCCUGGUCUGACGUCUGUUGUGCCAAACUCUUAUCCAUGUCUGAAAACCUCCUCUCCAUCAAACUUGAAAAUGGACAUCAUCCCUUCUGUGCCAAAUAUACCUGACAUAUCUUCUCCGCCUUCCUGUAACAAUGAGAAGACGACCCAACAAGGGAUAGGAUUAUCGACGCCCCUUAAACAUAAGCAGAUCAUGAUAGAGAAAUACAAAAUCCACUCUUUACAAUAUGAUCAUCUGGAUCCAUGUGAAACAUUUUACUGGUGUCAUGUUUGUGAGAAAUCUGUCAAGAGUGAAAAAGAUGCCAACCGUCACAUGACUACUCAUGGUUUCAGCACCAAGGCAAAUCUCCUCCUCUACUACCUACAGACCAUUCCAUACAUCAACGGAUUCAAGCGUCACAUCCAGAAACAUGGGAACAAUAUCGUUUGUGACGUGUGUAACAAAUGUUUUAAUGAUGCUGAGAGUCUCCUUGAACACAAGCUAUCACAUUCCGAAUCCAAAUCUAAUGACCAUGAGGGUGGUGAAGGGUUUACCAGCAGGGGAAACAGACUAGCAAGCAACUCCCGGACAUGUUCUUCUGACACUGUCAAGUGUAGUUACUGUGGCAAGUUCUUUUCCAGUCGGGGCAGUUUGACCAUCCACGUUCGACUCCAUACUGGACAAAAUCCUUACAAGUGUCGACUAUGUGACCGAAGUUACCCACAGAACAUUCAGCUGAAACUCCACAUGAAGUCACACAUCCGACUUGGUGAUAUCAAAGAGUGA